AUGGCCCAACAAUAUGCCAGCAAGCAGCCCCAAGGCUACAGUAACUACCUCAAGACUGUCGCCAUCGUUGGCGUUGGCGGCCAAGUAGGCAAACACAUCGUCGAAAACAUCCUCAAAAACGGCAAGCAAAACGUCAUCGCCCUUACGCGCGCCGACAGCAAAUCUGCGGCGCCAGCCGGCGUCGAGGUCCGCAAAAUCGACUAUGACAACCAACAAACCAUCGUUGACGCACUCCAAGGCGUCGAAGCCCUAAUAAUCACCAUGGCCGUCACCGCCCCGCCCGAACAACAAACCAAACUCAUCGACGCCGCCGCCGCCGCCUCCGUCCCCUGGGUCCUCCCCAACGAGUACGGCGCCGCGAGCAACAACGAGCAGCUCGGAAAGGACACCAUGCUGGGCCCAAAGGCGCAGGGGUACCGCACGCACAUCGAGGAGUUGGGGGAAAGCUCCUGGAUUGGUGUGGCCUGUAGUUUCUGGUACGAGUACAGCCUGGCUGUGAGCCCCGAGGCAUACGGGUUUGAUUUCGCGAAGAAGGAGGUCACGUUCUUCGGGGAGGGGACGGCGAAGAUUAAUACGAGCACGUGGCCGCAGACGGGGCGCGCGGUGGCGAAUUUGCUGGCGUUGAAAGUGCUGCCGGAGGAUGAGCAUGAUAAGGCUCCGACGCUUACGGGGUUUAAGAAUCGGUUUAUUCAUGUGAGUUCGUUUUUGGUGAGUCAGCGGGAUAUGCUGGAUAGUGUCCUGCGAGUGACGGGGGGGAAGGAGGGGGAUUGGAAGAUUACGCAUGAGGAUUGUGAGGAGAGGUAUAAGUCUGGGGUGGAGAUGUUGCAGUCGGGGAACCGGAUGGGGUUUGUAAGAUUGCUCUAUACGAGGGUCUUUUAUCCGAAUGGGGAUGGGAAUUAUGAGGAUAAGAUUGGGUUGGAUAAUGAGGUGUUGGGAUUGCCGAAGGAGGAUCUGGACGAGUGGACGAAGGUUGCGACUGACAUGGCGGCGGAUAGGUCGUGGAGUCAGUUGGGAUGA